CGGUACGUUACUGUCUGGUUGUACCAUUAUCAAGGAUAGACUCGGAUUUCAGUUACUUUCAUUGUGUAUAGCCGACAUAUCGACAGGUUGAGAAACUGCGGAUCGCGCGUACUUGUGAUUUGUGUCUGUGAUAAAGUUCGUUAGUUAGGGAUAAAUAAUGACCCAAGUCGUCAAAUAUAUACUGGAUGGAUACCAUGACCUCAUGGACAACAAAAGCGAUCCGAGGGUAAACGACUGGUUCUUAAUGAGUUCCCCAUUUCCCACUUUGGCGAUAUGUCUCACAUACGUUUAUAUCGUAAAAGUUCUAGGUCCGAAGCUUAUGGAGAAUAGGAAGCCGUGUGAAUUAAAGAAUGUGCUAAUAGUGUAUAAUUUAUUCCAAGUAAUAUUUAGCACGUGGCUAUUUUAUGAGAGUUGUGUAGCUGGAUGGUUAAACCAUUACAGUUUUAAAUGCCAGCCAGUAGACUAUUCCACAACCCCCUUAGCAAUGAGGAUGGCCAGAGGUUGUUGGUGGUAUUACUUUUCCAAGUUUACGGAAUUUUUUGACACGUUCUUCUUUGUUCUCCGAAAGAAAAACAACCACGUGUCAACCCUUCACGUCAUCCACCAUGGUGUCAUGCCCAUGUCGGUCUGGUUUGGAGUAAAAUUCACACCAGGCGGUCAUUCCAGCUUUUUCGGGUUUUUGAAUACCUUUGUUCACAUUAUUAUGUACAGCUACUACCUUCUUGCCGCCCUUGGGCCACAGUACCAGAAGUACCUUUGGUGGAAAAAAUACUUGACUACAAUCCAAAUGAUUCAAUUUGUGCUGGUUAUGGUUCACGCAUUCCAACUGCUUUUCAUCGAUUGCAACUAUCCCAAAGCCUUCGUUUGGUGGAUCGGAAUGCAUGCUGUCAUGUUCUACUUCCUCUUUUCCAAAUUCUAUAAACAAACAUACUCCAAGAGGGAGAGGAAAGAUAAAACAGCAGCCCAUUUGAAUGGAAAACCGCAGACCAACGGACGCUCGAAAAUAGGAAUUUGUUUCACAACGCAAACGGCGUUGUACGAGCACUCCGAUGACGUGAAGACAAUGACAAAUGGGUACACCUCCUCAGAGGCCUCAAACACAUUGCGAAACAGAGCGUACAUAGACAGCAGUGCCAAGUCAUAAUCGUUAAUUUGUACCUAAGUAGGAUUAAUUUAUAUUGUAAAAAAUAUCGCCUUGGUGUUCAUCACAUCUAAUGAAGCGAUUACAUCUUCAGUACAAUCACUUUUGGUAUUGGGACGAAGAAUAUUUCUUCGAUUUGAAGAACUGCUCAAAAUCGUAAUGUAUAACUGCAGAGUUUUCAAAUGAAAAUUAAAAGCAGUUUGUGCCAACCUUGUAGAUUUGCUCGAUAUCGUAUCAUGUUAAUGUAAUAGUCUGCCAAAGAAAUAAAGUAUAUACGGUGCGGGCAAAAUCCAGUAGUAUUUGUUUUAAUACUUAUGCAGAUGCAGUAACUGAAUUUUUAGUAAAUGUUAUCUAGUUUGAAAUUCUAAUACCCACUCACUAACACAUAUUAUCAGGAAUUUAUGAAAUAUAUCCAACUGAUAAUUUUUCCAAGAAUCAAAGCUUUUAUACGCAAAUAUUAGGUACCAUAGGUAAAGAUCUAUUCAAUUAAGAGUUUAGAAAAAUAUUAAAAAGAAUAUAAUUUUUUAUAUUUACAGUGAUGAUGUAUUUUACUUUUUAAUAACUGAUAUACAACAGCAGUUUUCAAUUUGUUCUUUGAUGUUAUAUUUCUGUUAAUACAUACAAGGCAGCUCGCUAUGAAAAUCUCAUAAACAGCAAGCGAUACAAAACUAGUUAAAUAACAAAACACUCUUAAAUGAUGCCUUUACUUUUUUUGUAGACUGACCACUAGGCUUAAAUUUUUUUAAUGACUGUGUAAUUAUUCUAGAUACAAGCAUCGACUGGUACUAUUAUAACAUGAGCCAUAAAAAUGGUUUAUAAAAUUACGAAAAUGAGUAUGAUAUCCAUAGAAAAAGAUGUUCACCAUCGUCUACCAAAAUCCAAACGGUUUAGAAAAAUUUUAAUGGUACCAGGCGAGGAAAGAUAAAAAUUUAAAGGUUAUAUGUAUUUUAUUUUGCUGUUUCCUAUGUUCCAUGGUGAGCACCUUUAAGUGAGUCACAAUGUAUAGAUAACUGGCUAAAACAAUAUCUGCAUAAGUGGAAGUUAUUAUAAGUAUAUAUCGGAAUAUGUCAUAAAAUCGUUAUUAAAGUAAGUGCACAUAAUAUGUUGAAGCACGGAUAUGUAUGCAACAUUUUGGAUUGGAUUUGCAACGUUUUCCUUUUUAUACUAUAAAUUUAUAGUUUCCAUGUAUAUUUGUUGUCAUCGGGACCAGAUGAAUUUUUAAAUGUAACACGAUUUACUUCUUGUAAUAUUUAUAUCUUGCUGGCCGCAUUGGCCCCUGCAGACAAGUGUGCUCUUACUUAUAUUAACGACUAAUAGUAGACAUAGAAUAUUCGAAUAUAUGGUUUAUUGGUAUAGGUCAAGUUGUAAAAGAACCUAGGCCAAACGACUCUGGGUUUAAAUCUUUUUACUCUUCAUAAUCAUAAAUAGUCUUUGCAUCAUCGUAUUUGGCUAUAUUUUAGAGAAAACUGGUAGUUGUUUAGAAUACUGUCAUUAGUCUCACAUUCUACUCUCUUGACCCCUGUCAAUAAAGACAGGAAAAAUACAAGAUAGUCAUCGGUUAAUGUCUAUUUGUGCUUGUUCAUUACCGCUAAUUUGGUAUAUAUUCAAUUUUGUUAGACUGAUCAUUGUUUCUAUUCUUAUCUAAAAUCACAUAUACUUGGUAAAUAUUAAACUGUAAACUAUUUUGAAUAAAAACAUUUGUGUACAUUUCAGUUGUUCAAUAUACAAUGAGUUAUUUAUUUUAUGCAUUUUUGUGACUAUAAUAGUAACACAAUUUUUAAAUACAUUCUUUCAAAUUAUCCCUAAUAAUUUUUGGAAAAAUUUAUCUUUAGUCGUUAUUGUAUGACUUUCCAGUUCAUAAGUGUAUAUAAAAUAUAUAGAAGGAUCUUUAAAUACGUAAUAUAGCUGCAGGUAUCUAAAGAAUUGUUCUGUAAUCAUUUAAUCCAAAAUCGUCUAGCAAAUUUUCUUUCUCGCAACUUCAACAAAUGAAAUAAGAGGAAGAGUACAAGGCCCCCUAAGAUUAACAUGAUCAAGUACAUGUACAUAUUUUUUUUGCAUGUAAAUAUGAACUAUUAUUAUUUACUAAUGGAAAAUUUUUGUAUUGCAUUUAGUUAGGUACUUGAUUAAUAGUGAUCGUUAAUGUAUUUAUACAUUUGUUAAAAAAGAACAACGUAGAAAAUAUAGGACCAAUAUUUUUCUACAAUUUUGUUAAAAAAACAUUGCCAUUAACUCUGUUAAGGCAUGUCUGUUCAGAUAAUUAUUCUUUAUUUAAAAAAAUAGGUACAGAUAUUUAUUUAUGUUAAGU